AUGGCCGACUACCUCGACCUGGUCUACCCCUUGGUGCCCGUCGUCCACCGGCCGACCUUCCGCCACGACCUCGCCAGCAACCGCGACCUCACGGACCGUGACUUCUUUGCGCUGCUGAUGAGUCUCGUGGCUCUCACUGUCGGGCUGCUGCCGUCGCGGUUUAGGGUGUACCGGGCCGUUGAUCCUGAAGUAGGCAUCCGCUUUGAGACGCGCACUGCGUUCAUCAACUGCUGUGCUGAGAUGGCUACGCGACUGAGAGAUGCGACGUAUUUUGAUCAGAUUAACUCACGAAAAUGGGCCGUCUCGUAUGUGCUCUCAGUAGCGUGCUUUCAGACGGGGCAAGCAAAUAGAAGUAGGAUGUUUGAUAUCGAGUUCAUGCAGCUCGGGAGGCUACUCGGACUUCAUCGCAUCUCAGACUACGACGGACUCAACUGCAUCGAGACACAACUCAGAAAGAAGGCCUUUUGGUUACUUUUCUACGCCUGGGCACACACCAAAGUCCAAAGCGGCCGCUCAGAACACCUGACCUACUUCCACCCCAACGACCUCCGCGAAGUCAACUUCGAAGCCCUGAUGCCCCUCGCCGUCGACGACGAGCAAAUCUUCGAAACGCGCAUCGUGCCCUCCGUCCCGCCCCUGAUCUCCCCCGGCACACCCUCCGGCGCCCAAGACCCGCCGCGGCCGCCGCAGCUCACCCUCACCAGCGCCUACAACCUCCACUCCCGCGUCUUCCUCAAGGGCCUCCGUGAGGCCAUGACCACCGUCGGCUGCGAGUGCGAGCUCCGCCGCGGCGCCGCCGUCCGCCUCGCCCGCCUGCGCGACCUGCUCGCCGAGCUGCGCUACAUGCUCGACGACGCGCCGGGGCCGAUGCGCCAGUGGGCGUCCGCGGACAGCUACGAGGCGCCCGUCACGCCGUGCGGCGGGGACAGCCAGACUGCGGUGUCGAGCUACGACAGCCCUGCCGCGGACAUGCAGAGCCGGCCGGUGGACCAUUCGAGGAUCGUCCAGGGCCAGGCGGACAUUAUGAGGGCGAAUUUGCAUGUCACGCAUCUGUGGCUGCAGAGCAUACUGCUCGAGCAGAUUGACGUGGUGCUGCAGGAGAGUGCGAUCGGGCCGAACGCCGCGAUGGCGGGUGAAGAUGUGGCGGCUGCGUUGAAGGCGAACUGGGCUGAGAGGGAGGACAUUUGUCGGCAGCUGCUGCACUUGUUGCACAGCAUCCCGUAUGUCUACCUCGAGCCGAAUGGGCUGUAUCUGACGUACAAGGUGCGGGAUGUGGCGGUGACGCUGCUCAACUGCCCCUUUGAAGCCCACGAGCGGCCUGCGCGACGCGCUGCGGAGUACAUGCGCGAUUUCACCAGGGCGUUGUCGCGGCUUGACCGGAGCGAGUUUGUGAAUACCAACAGCUUGAAGAGCUGGGUUGAUGUUGAUCGGGAGAUGGCGGUUCAGUGA